UGGGUCCCGAGCGCCCCUUCUGUAGCGGCGCGGCCAUCCCGGGCUGAUCCGCAAGCUCAGGUUUAAGCAGAGCUGCCGCGCCGAGAGCAUCUUGAGGAGCUUGGGCAGUUUGCUCCGAUAAGGGAUUAUUUUUAUUCCGUCUCCUGACUCCACUUGUGUUUAUGACGAAGGGUUUUGAUAGAGGAAAGUCCCAGCUUCUGUGCCAAGCUGUCUGGGUGGCAGCGUAAGGUCUAGUCCUGCAUAACGCUGGAUGCCUAGAAAUGGGAAUGACGGGGGGCAAAGCCUCUCCACCCCGCGUGGGGUCAGGCCCAUCGUUUGGUCUGCGGGUCUCAGUAGAUCCUAGGCUGCACAUAACAUGCCAAAAGGCCUCAGAGGUAGCUAGAUAUUAGAUAGAUGGAUAGAUAUUCGAGAGAGGUGUGUGUGUAAAUGUCUGUCUGUCUGCAUCUAUCUAUCUUUCUGCAUGUAUCUAUCUCUGUGUGUAUAUCGAUCGAUCGAUCGAUCGAUAGAGGAGAACUUUGGCCGUAAGAUCGGGACGAUGCGGAAGAUAAUUAUGCAUAAUGGCAAAGCUAAAGCACUAAGUGUAAACUUUAACUAAAUGCCCUUUCUGAUUUGGUUUUCUGUCACGUUGAAUGUCCUUGGCUCCGUUCAUUUUCCUCUUGAACGGAAGAUGAGUAAAGGUUAACUUGUUUCUGAGAAGCAGCUUUGAAGGGUGGACCACAGCAUUCGUUUUCCGUGUGCCCUGGAGGGGAGAUAGCAAUGCAGACCCCAGCGAGAAGCGCACAAGCCCGGGGCCUUGGCAGUAGGCGCUGGGUGAAGAGGUAGGGAGGUGGAAGCGAAGACAACCUCAGCCUGAGUCACCGAUGAAGGAUUAGCCGGAGCCGGUCUCCAGGGCGGUGGAGGCGGAAAGCAUUCAGAGCCAAAGCCGGUGCUGGCUGGCCGGACCACGAUGCUGAGCUUGAAGUUGCCAAGGCUGCUCAACAUUAAUCAAGUGCCCAAAGUGUUUCGUGAGCAGGGCAUCGUGUUCGGGUACCGCCAUCCCAGAAGCUCAGCCGCAGAUUGCCUCCUCAGUGUCUUCCAAAUGACAAAUGAAACCCUAAAUAUCUGGACGCAUUUUGUGCCUGCCUGCUACUUCCUAGGGAAGCUGCUUGCCUUGUUAUAUGCGCUGGAUCUCUGCAACGACGUGUACGCUUGGCCCCUUCUUGCCUACAUGAGCACCUGCUGCAUUUACCCCUUCAUGUCCAGCUGUGCCCACACGUUCAGUACGAUGUCCACCCAGGCCAGACACAUCUGUUACUUCUUUGAUUACGGCAGCCUCAGCAUCUACAGCCUGGGUUCUGCGGUUGCUUAUUCAGCAUACGUUUUCCCAGAGGAAUGGGUCGGCAGCACUUUCCAUCGCUGUUACGUACCCACUGCUGUGUUCAACGCGGUUCUUAGCACCGGUCUCUCCUGCUAUUCCAGGCUCGGUGCUCCGUACCACCACUAUAACAGCGACAUCCUAGAAAGGUUCCCGGAGCUGGAGCAGCCCAGGUUCAGCAAAGUCCUUCGCACACUGGCAUUCGCGUAUCCAUACCUGUUUGACAGCAUCCCGCUUUUCUACAGGCUGUACCUGUGUGCAGAAGACAGCUGCACAGAAGGCGUGAUCCCCAUCCACAUCCAACACGUGGUAUUCGCCUUCCUCACCUGCUUCAUCUUCACUACACAUCUGCCGGAGAGACUUGCACCGGGGCACUUUGAUUAUAUCGGACACAGCCACCAGGUCUUCCACGUAUGUGGAAUCGCUGGCACGUACUUCCAAAUGGAGGCCAUCAUGAUGGACAUGGCUUCACGACAUGAGCGGCUUCGAGCUUCCUUCCCGCUUCCUACCCUCUCUCAGACAGUUGGUUUGAUUGGCGUCUGUCUUGUCAUUAACCUCGUCAUCAUUGGGGCUUUCUCAAAGGCACUGUAUUCAACUCCAGAGUCCUCCAAGAGAGAAAAAACCACGUAGACUCUUGAUUACACUCCUGCAGAUGAAAGGGAAUCAAGUCAUACUAGUAUCAUGUCAUGUAAGGUGGCAAGAUAUUGGUGUAUGUUCUCUGGAAAACCCGUAUUUAAGGGUUUUCAGGAAUGAGUUGCUUUGUAUUACACCGUCUUUGUACACAUGACUCCAAAGUUGGGAAGAAAUCGGGAGCACGUUUUUAAGUCAAGUUGAUAUUUGAGCUCAAAAAGGAUACAGAAUGAUUUUUAAAACUUACUGCAAAAGGAAGGAAUAUGUUCCUGUUUUGCAGUCUAGUCUAAGGAGGGCAGGUUUAAUCAAAACAAGGAAACUCAUGGCAGGAAUAUCAUACCGGCUCACGGCCACAUAUCCUGGUUGUUGUAUUUGACUGCUUUGCUGAACUUGCACGUGGCAGUGGGUAAUGCCAGUGGCUGUUCACAGCCAGAAGCAUCUUUAAAACAUAAAAUGUAAUACACAGGCUGAAUUUCUGCUGAAAUCAGUGGGCAUUUUGCCUUUGUUUUUUAUUAUGGCCAGGAUUUCAACCCACCCUUGAAAUGUCUCUGGGACUGGACCUUCCACUCAUGGUAUAAGGAGAUGAUCCCCCAGUCUAGCAGGUCUCGUUGAGGCGGGGCGGGGUUUCCCUGUUAUUCAGCUUGAAUAUCCUCAGACCUGUUCCCCUCUGGUCGAGGGCCUGAUCUCAAGCUCACAACAACCUGUGGAAGUUUCCUGUUGGGUACAAUGAACUUUCCAUCUGGCCCUUUCCUUCAUUUGACAUCAGUGGUUGCCUCUGAUGAAUGAUCAUGUGAAUGAGAGGAGAAUCAAACCACUGUUGCUCCCAAUUCAUUGAUCCUCGCCAGGUGCUGGUGUAGUGAGGACAAGUGGGUAAGUCUUGGCAUCCUACUUCAUCAAACCAGUCCUGGGUUGCUGACUGCUUGGAGACAUUGCAGCCUAGUAUAACUUAAAGCAGCCAGAUAGAUGGCUGUUCUAGCCAUCUCCAAGGGGGUUGACCUGGGGAGGUGGGCUAGGAUCAGGGAAGCCUUAAGGCACCCUCUAUUCACCGCUCCCCAACCUCACAACCUAAAUUCCAACCCCAAUCCGUUGCUGGUGUAGAUCAGUAUAGCCUUACUGAUGCCAAUCACAUUAGCCAGUGUAGGUCAGUGUAGUUCUGUUCAAGAGAAUGAAUCCAGCUCUUUUCUGUGAUAAUACCAAAAAGAAUUAAAAAAAAAAAAUCUUUUACUAAUGUUUUUACACCAAAAUAAUAUCUAUGAGAUAAAAAACUUAUAGUUCUAUGCACUCGCCUUGCACUAAACCCAAGUGCUUAACAACCAGGUGCCUUAACGAAGGGACUUGAGUCCUUGCUUGCAGUUGGACAUUUAUCAAAGUAGCUAUUCUGGAAUAAUUCUCCCUAUUGACGCUUAUUCCAGGAUAUCCACUUUGGCAAACUUCCACAUGGGAGGUAAGGGCUAAGAAGGCUCACUUUGUAACUCUCUCUGGAGUUUACACUGCGAAGACCGUAUCGGGAUUAUUUUCACAGAUGCCACUGGUGGUACUGAACACCAAUGGAGAAAUUGCCUAUGCCGAAGAAGUGACUGGAGUCCUUGUCACAGAGCGAGCUCUGUCUGCAGCAGUUUAUGAACUCUGUGGGUUUUUUUUUAACUAUGCAUUCAGUGAACUCCUGCCUGAACAUGCCUCGGGGCAGUUUGUUGAGCUGAAUUCCACAGCUGCCGUUGCUGGGGAAAGGUGUUUGAUAUGAUUAGUGCAAAGCCAACUAGACUGAAGUCAAGGUAGCUCAGCUUUGACGAUCUCAACCACAGGCCUGCUGGCAGGGAGAGAUGGUUUUGCCCCUCCGCAGCCUAUAGGGAGGACGAGCAUGAUGGGCUCAGCGUUUGGCGCAGCGAAGAAUGGGCUUCUGCUCUCUGCAUUGCGGCACGUGCAGGGAGCAGGGGCAGCACGAACUCUGCCAAGCCUUGAAGCACUUAUGAGCCGUGGGCUCCCAGAAGGGGUGAGGUCAGACUACGUGAGAGUGCAUCUUAGGACUUGUGUAUUUGCAGCUCUGUAAUUCUCAAGUGUUUUACAAACCGUUGCUCGGAUUAACAACUCCUCUGUGCCUUCUGUGUCCUUUGCUUUCCUGCCAUGUUGUCCCCAAAGGGGUUAAAUUAGAAACUCAGCCCAUAGCCUAGCUGGAGCUGUGGGGAGAGCCUUAAGGGGGAUAGAGAGGGUGCGACUGUGGGGCUCAAACACUGAUGUCGCAGGCUAGGGAGGCCGGAUAGCAACAUGCUGCAUCCCUGGACGUUAGCUAGGUACGAGCCUGGGGGGUGUCCCUGGGCGCCAGAGCUAACACAGUGAUUAGACCUGGUCCGGACUCGUUGGAUGAACCCAUUGGCAACCAACUGGGGACCACAAAGCAGGAGAAGCGAAUUGGGCAGGCUGUACUAGCCACACUAGCAUUUUCACUACUGUUUUCUAUGCAUGGGAGCAGUGUUCAUGUAUCUCAAGCCUGGAGGGUGUCUGUAACUUAAUUGUCACAUUGAAUUAUCUAAUAUAUUUGAAUGUAAUGCAGUACUGAGCUGAAAUGUUAUCAAGGUUCUUGAAAAUUACAUGGGUUUAUCAUUGGUUUUCUAAAUAGUAGCCUCUAUUGAGGUAUAAUAGAUGCACUUUUGGGUGACAGCGCACCAAACUUUUUUAAUAUAUAAAUACAAGACGCAAGGAUACUGAUAUAUCUUUUAAAUGAGUAAGGCUUUGGGAAAUGAGGUAACGUUCCUUUGAAAGCUAAUCAAGAUACAUUUUCAAGUUUAUCAGCACUGGAACAUAUUAUUUCAUCCAACAUUUUUAUUUAAAUUAAAAAAUGUUAAAAAUAACAAGAAAAUAGGUGUGGUAUGUACCAACUCCACUUCUGUAGGAAGACAACUGUCUUGUGAUAUGUUCAUCUCACUGUUUUGGUUGGCUAACACAGGAGGAACCUGACUUUGUUCGCCAGAAGUGAAAUAAACUUCUAUGCCAUUUUGAUGUAA